AUGCCCGCAACUGCUCUCCUCUGUAACGCAGUCAUGUGUGCAUGCAACACUCUAGCAACAACCGCAUGUAACAAAGCUUCCGGGCUCAAAAAGCUCAAGGAAGCAAAGUUUGGCGAUGCUGGCGGAUCCAGCAAAGUUGUCCCGCUUUCGGACGACAAUACAAGGGUAGUAUACUUUGUUCGUGAUACAUACAACCCUAAAAAUAUCAUCAAUGUUCUGGAUGAAAACAAGUCUCGAGUGUACUCAUUUGAACGCAAUGGUAAGGGCAAGUUUUGUGGCAUCAAGGGCGAAAAGUUUGUGCCCUGGGAUAUGAUCACAGCAAAUCAUAGACAAGUCAUUGGAGCAGUUGGAUUCAAAAAGGGUAAAGCUUGGGUCGAGUUUUGCAACAAGGGUGACCUCCAGUUUAGACUAAUCAAAUCCUUGGGUAGUUGUAAGAAAAAGUUUGAACAGUUCAAGUACCGCAGCGACGAAAAAGCCCGGUUCAGAUGGUACCAACGCACUAUGACUCUUGAUAAAGUAUCUCCAUCUUUAAGUUCCAAUUCUUGUCGCAUGUACCGCCAGAGGGUUGCCAUUGCACGCAAGUUAAGUUUUUUGCAAUGCAAGUCUCCCAUAAAGAAAUGCUUGCAAAAGUGUCAGUCCUUUACCAUUGUUGACUACGAGGUAGUUUACGAUGCAUGUCUGAUUGACCGCGAGCUUCUUGUGGCAACAGCCUUUGUGUCGAUAAUGACCCAAUGGGCCAAGAUGAAAAAAUCAGUCAGUGUUGGGUCCGGUAAAGGUGGCAAGGGCGGGUGCUGUGUUUCAGCAAAAAAGGCCAAAAUCAAAAUGGCCAAAUAUAAGGCCAUGGUCAAGGCAAAACGCAUCCUUAACAAGGGCUGCCAAACAACAGAUAUGAAGACAUCCAUGGGACUCGAAAAGGUAGCAUGUGCAAAAAGUAUGGCCUAUAAGUUUAUGGGAGGGAAGGUUGCCCCGACCUCUGAAAACCCAUCUGGGGACCCGACUUUUAAAACAAAAAAGUGUAAAAAACCAACUAAGCCCGCUCUAGUCUGUGCCAAAAAAAUAUGUGAAAAACCUCUCGCUUGUAUGCCCAACUGUGUCCCUUCAUGUCUCCCAAUCCCUCGACCAUCAGCAUGCCCAAACACUGGUCCUUCGUGCUCGCGGCCUAUAACUGCUGCCUCCUCAUGUGGUGUCCCUAAAUGCCCCGCGCCACCUAUCCCGCAAUCUUAUCGUGGUAGCGCAUGUACCGCACCCCAAGUGUGUACUGUCCCCCCAGGAGCUUUCCCUGUGCAGCAACAACAACAGCAAACCUAUUACUAUAACCCCAUGGUUCAACUUCCUCAAAUGGUUACACAACCUGUGGCUCCUCAGGCUCAAUGUUCCAUCAACAUCCAACCCCAGCCGUCGUACUGUCCCAUGCCAACGUACCCGCAACAGUUCCAGCCUCCAGCUUCCGCUCCUCUUCCAAUGGCUAGCAAUAACAAUUUCUACGCAUACUAUGAUCAACAUCAGCAUCAGCAGCAACAACAACAACAACAACAACAACAACAACUCACAACAGCAUCCUGUGGACUCGCCCGUCCAGGGUCUACAUGCUCCACUUUCUGUCCGCCCCGACCUCCAACGCCGUAUAGCGAAUGUGCACAAUCACCUGGCAUGUGUCGGCCAUCGUCAAGGUCGUCGUCGUCGUCAUUGCGAAGUAAUUGCUGUUCUCCAGGUCCCACUGCGUGUCGGAAAAAAAAGCGGCCGUCGUGCAAGAGUGGGUGUAAAAUGUCUUCAGAGUCAUAUUGCGGGAAUGAAAUGAAACGAGGGUUUUAUCAGUAA